CGACUUCCGGUAUGCGGAGGCUGGAAUUUCAGGUUCCUCCUCGGUGGUAGUGGAUUUUCCGAGUGUUGAUCUUGUGCGCGUUUAUUUUCAUUUUUUUAAUUUCGACAUUUAUUGAUGCGUCCUGUGUAGGGAAGUAUGACCGAGAGCGCGGUGAACAAGGAGGCGAACGGGGACGUGUGUCAGCACCGGGCGGUGAACGGCGUGAAACCGGGAAGAAGUAGCGCACUGAAGGAUCAGCAGCGCUGUCACCAGGAAAAGCAGAGAUCCUUCUACAAACACGACGAGAAGCUCCAGCAGGGGGAGUGUAAUGGCGGGUUCUACAGUAAGCCGUUUGACGAGUUGUACGAGGAGACCCCGAUGCUGGUGGCCGUGCUUACGUACAUGGGUUACGGCAUUCUUACUAUCUUCGGCUACCUGAGAGAUUUUCUCCGUCAGUGGAAGAUUGAAAAAUGCCACAUCGCUAGAGAACGAGAGGAGCAGAAGGAUUUUGUUCCGCUUUAUCAAGACUUUGAGAAUUUCUACACCCGGAAUUUGUACAUGAGGAUUCGGGACAGUUGGAACAGGCCUAUAUGCAGCGUCCCUGGAGACAAGAUGGACCUGGUGGAGCGAGUGUCACAUGACUACAACUGGACUUUCAGCUACACGGGCCGAGUGGUGAAAGACGUGAUCAACAUGGGCUCGUAUAAUUACCUGGGCUUCGCCGAGAACAAGGGCUCGUGCGCUAAUGCGGCGGCCGAAGUCACUCUGAAACACGGAGUCGGCGUGAGCAGCACCAGGCAGGAGAUGGGUAACCUAGCAAGACAUGAGGACCUGGAGAAGCUGGCCGCGAGGUUCCUGGGCGUGGAGUCGGCCAUGGCGUUUGGGAUGGGUUUUGCAACCAACUCUAUGAACAUUCCAGCUCUGGCUGGCAAGGGGUGUCUGAUCCUGAGCGACGAACUGAACCACGCCUCUCUCGUGUUGGGAGCGCGCUUAUCUGGCUCCACCAUCCGGGUUUUCAAGCACAACAACAUGCAGAGCCUGGAGAAGCUACUCAGAGAUGCUAUAGUGCACGGCCAGCCCAGAACCCAUCGACCCUGGAAGAAGAUCCUCAUUCUGGUGGAAGGGAUCUACAGCAUGGAGGGUUCGAUCGUGCGCCUGCCAGAGGUCAUUGCCCUGAAGAAGAAGUAUAAAGCCUACCUGUACCUGGACGAGGCUCAUAGCAUCGGCGCUCUGGGUUCCCGGGGAAGGGGCGUGGUUGACUACUUCGACCUCGACCCCACGGACGUGGACAUCAUGAUGGGAACGUUCACCAAGAGCUUCGGCGCGGCGGGGGGCUACAUCGGCGGGAGAAAGGAGCUGAUAGAUUACCUGCGCUCGCAUUCUCACAGUGCCGUGUACGCCACCUCCAUGUCGCCUCCCGUUGUGGAGCAAAUUAUAACUUCUAUGAAGUGUAUUAUGGGAGAAGACGGGAGCACGAUAGGUCGGGAUCGUGUCCAGCGGCUGGCGGAAAACACGAACUACUUCCGUAGGAGGCUGAGGGAGAUGGGCUUUAUCAUCUACGGCAACAAUGAUUCACCUGUAGUUCCCAUGAUGCUGUACUUGCCCGCCAAAAUCGGGGCAUUUGGUCGGGAGAUGCUGAAGAGGAACAUCGGUGUAGUUGUCGUAGGCUUCCCUGCCACGCCCAUCAUCGAGUCCAGAGCUCGCUUCUGCGUGUCCGCGGCUCACACCAAAGAAACACUGGACAUGGCCCUAAACGCGAUCAGCGAGGUCGGUGACCUGCUGCAGGUGAAAUACUCGCGCCACAGAAUCCUCCCGUCCCUGGACCGGCCUUAUGACGAGACCACGUACGAAGAGUGUGAAGACUGAUCUCCGUCCAGCAUCGACGGAAAACCUGCACUGCUCUCUGUCCCUCCACAAGAUUCACUGAACCACUUCAAAAUGAAUUCUUUUUUUUUAUGGUUUUUUUUUGUUUGUUUUUUGUUAAGCACAUGGAGCUCCUAAUCACACUCCCCUCCUUUAUUCAUUCUUCGUCUGUCUGUCUGUCUGUCCCUGUCGGUUCUCAUCCAUCACUGUGACAUUCAGGAUCUCCUUGUGACAUUUAUUUGAGGGCAAAAAAAGCUGCAGUCUGUCGUCAAAAACCAUGAGAUGCUUUGGGCUGCUUAUUGUGCUCGCAAAAUCCAUACGUAUCAGUAACCCUUGAACUGUUCUUUUUAAUAAAGUGGGACCACACUGGCGGCGGGAACAAACGAUCAGUCCCAGAGACGCUAGCUUGUUAAAGCAACUCUUCUUCUUUUUUUUUUUUUUUGUGUAACACCGUUAGCGAUCUGCAACGCCUGCCCCGUCUGGAGUCUGUCAUUCCUCUAAUGCAUCGGAAGUUUUGUUCCUUUCUUUCUUUUUCUUUUUUUUUUUCAUUCUCCCUCCCAAGAUAUCGUUCUGUGUUUGUGUUGUUUGAGGAAAAAAUUCACGUUCCGCUCGUCCACAUCGAUCAACUCGCUCUUUCUAAGAAUUCAAAACAUCAAGUUGCACUUUAGGGGUAAAAAAAUAAAUAAGUGUUCCAGAAACACACGUUAAUGUUCGAUCAAACUUCCAAAGAAACAUGUAACAGGUUUGUGUAAAGAAAAGAAAUUUAUGAAUUAACAAAAAUGCAGGGGGUUUAUCCUGAAGUCUUAAUUUAUGUCUUCUUUCUUUCUUUCUUUCUUUUCAAUUGAUUAUUAUGAUUACUGUUCUGAAUCGUGUCACGUGUCAGUCUUAAAGCCUGCUUCAUGUGCUUUCCUUGCGACUUCCAUGUACAUAUUUAUUUAUUAUAAAUAAUUAGUUCUUUCUCAAAACAAGGGCGCACGUGAGCCCACAGUGUCCACGCUCUCAAUGCGAAUACUACUGAUGAGAAAUCUUCAUCCGUAUACUCCCAAAUCUCUUUCUUUCCUCUUCUUUUUUUAAUUAAAAAGGUGCUGAAUGAACACACUGUGGCUUCCGUGCCUCGUCCUGUACUCGCUCACUAUCUCUGUCCUCAUUCUGUUUUUCGGAAUUGUUGCAGAUUUUUUUUUCUUAUUCGCCCUGUAAAUUAAAAGGAUCCACUGUAAACCACGAGAGCUUAUAGGAGUUAUAUAACUGUUGCAAAGAUAUAAAGCCACAUUACUUAAUAAAAGGAAGAAUAUUGUUAUGUA